GCUUAAUUUGCAAAAGAAUCACUUUGAAAUGCAAAACUUUUUGGUUUUAGUUCUUAUUUUGAGCUUUUGGUCUGUUGAGUGUCAGAACUUUGAUAGUUGUGAUUAUUAUCAAUUUCUUGAACCUGGAAGAGUUUAUCAAGUCGGCUCAUUAGGAUUUAGAUAUGGAAGGCCUUCACCAAUCAACACAAAUUGCCGAUAUGCAGCAGAAGCUCCAUAUGGAUAUAAAAUUACAGCCUCAUGCAGACUCGCCUAUCUUCUUCCAGUUCCGAAAUGCGAAAAUUUUCUUAAAAUUUCUCCAAGCGGUCGUACGGAUUUGGCAGACGGUAAGACUUAUUGUGGAUGGUUGGGAGUGAUUUCGGCAGCAUCUCAAAGCAAUCGAAUGACGAUUCAAUAUUUAACGGGAAACAGGCCAAUGGGUAGCAGAUUUUUGUGUUCAAUGCAUUUAGUUCCUGACAAUUGCGAAUGUGGAAAGCGAAAUGUUGGUAGAAUUGUCGGUGGGAAUGAGACUCUAGUUAAUGAAUUUCCAUUAAUGGCUGCAAUUGUUCAAAGCGGCGUUGGUGUUUGGUGUGGAGCUACAAUCAUUUCUAACAAAGCUGCACUCACUGCUGCACAUUGCUUUGAUUCGAAUACAAAUUUUACAAGCAUGCAACUCGUUGUUGGUGAACAUAACAUCACAGGAACGAGAGAGACACGAUUCACAAGAUCGUAUGGCAUACGAAAUGUUACCAUCCACGAGUCAUACGAUGGUACUAUAAUAAGUGAAAAUGACAUUGCUUUAGUUUUCACUAAGACAAAUAUUUUGUAUGAUUAUGGUGUGUCGCCUUCCUGUUUGCCAUUCAGAUUUGAGAAUUAUUCAUUCUCUGGUGACAAUGUUCUUGGAAUUGGAUGGGGAACAACAGAGUUUGCUGGACCGAAAUCAAAUGUCUUAAGAAAAGUUCAGCUUGAAGCUGUUGAUGAAUUUAUAUGUUCAGGGAACUUACUAUGCACAACAGCACAAGAUAAAGAUUUGUGUCAAUACGAUUCUGGUGGUCCAAUUUUGUACCAAAAUCCAAACAAUAGCUUGUUGUACAAUAUUGGUGUAAUAAGUUCCGGUGAUGGAUGUGGAACGUCACUAUACAGCACAAAUGUUAGAGUAACUGCAUACAUUGACUGGAUUUUAGAGAAAACAAUGCCAACUGUCUACUGCGUCAAAUAAACUACUAACGUACAUUAACACUAUUUGAUAAUUGUAAUUUCUUCUUCUUCAGUCGGUCGAUGCAACAAACAAGCAGUCAAUAAAAGUAUAAAUUUAAGCUAUAAAAAUGUGCUUUUGACUGAACAAAGAAGUGUUUAUUGUCACAAAAAAAAACGUUUGAAUUUUUUUAUCAGACAAAUUAAGCAAUUAGCAACGAGUAAUUAAUAGCGAGUCCAUAAAACCCUAAAAAUUAAAUUUAUUAGCUAAUGUUCCACAACCGCGACACAUUGUUUAACAUGGAGCAUGUACAUCAUAACAAGAUUAUGAUAAAUUUAUAUUAGGCCCAAUACAUUUACUGUUAAAUGGGAUUUUCUCAUUAAUGCUGUAUAUGCUUUAGCAUAAGCAUGGGCAUCAUAAUAAAUUCAUCAUCGGUUAUUGAGAUGUUUCUUCGGAAA